GUCUUCGAGAAAGGACAUCAUGCAGUUGUCGGUAUUUGUUCUUGCCGUUUGUGUCGGACUCGCCUCUGGCCAGGGAUUUUUCGGAGGUGGCGCACUACGCGGCCUGGGCAACGUUGCUGGAGGAGCUGCUAAUGGUCUCGCAGGAGGUGUAAACACUUUAGCUAGCGGAGCUCAGCAAGGUUUCAGCUCCAUAAGCGGAGGCCUGGCCCAAGUUCCAUUGCUCAACAAUGUCCAAGACUUUGGCGACUUUCUGCAACAAACUGGUAAAACUUAUGCCAGUGCAGCCGAGCAAGCCCUCCGUCAGGGUGUCUUUGAGGGCAGCCAAAAUUUAGUGGAUUCUGCAAAUGCUGCUUUCGCCGCAGGAACCUCAACCUUCACUUCGGCUGUGAAUGCCUUCUCCGAUUUGACCCAUCUGGAGUUCUUGAAACAGUUGACUGGCUUCAAGAAGUCUGCCGAGGGCGAAUCGAGAGUUGCUGCAGCUCGCCAAGCAGUUGAAGUGCCAGCGGAGCCCAUUCCGGAUUCAUUUGAUUGGCGUGAAAAGGGUGGAGUUACUCCUGUUAAGCACCAGGGAACUUGCGGAUCCUGUUGGACUUUCGCCGCUACUGGAGCCAUUGAGGGUCACUUGUUCAGGAAAACUAACCAAUUGCCAAAUCUCUCCGAGCAGAAUUUGGUGGAUUGCGGCCCAUUGAACUUCGGACUCAAUGGCUGCGAUGGUGGAUGCCAGGAAUACGCCUUUGCCUUCCUCAAGGAAGCUCAACGAGGUAUUGCAUCGGAAGCGAAAUACACUUACGUAGAUAAGCGUGAUGUCUGCUCAUACACGGAAAAACAGGCUGAGGCCUAUGUCCAUGGAUUGGCUACCGUUACCCCGAACGAUGAAGAUCUUCUUAAGAAAGUCGUCGCCACAUUGGGUCCCGUGGGUUGCUCUCUGUUCGCCGACGAAGCUUUGCUGCACUACGAGAAGGGCAUCUUCAGCAAUGAGACAUGCAAUGGACAGGAACUUAACCAUGCAGUGCUCGUGGUGGGAUAUGGCAGCGAAAAUGGUCAGGACUAUUGGACUAUCAAGAAUUCUUGGGGCGAGAAUUGGGGUGAGAGUGGUUACUUCCGUUUGAUUCGUGGCCAGAACUUCUGCGGCAUUUCCUUGGAGUGCAGUUAUCCCAUUGUAUAGAAAGAUUGAAUGCAAAUUAAAUCGGAACUAUAAUUUUAAA